AUGGCCUCCGAAGACCCCAAAGACGUACGCAAGUACCUGCAGCAAAGCCAUGAUAGGAUUUUCGAGAACAACAAGAAGUGGGCGGACGAGCAGAAGGCGAAGCACCCGGAGUUUUUCGAGAAGCUGAGCGCGGGACAGGCCCCAGAGUAUCUUUGGAUCGGCUGCUCCGACUCCCGCAUCCCCGCCGAAGCCAUCACCGGCCUCGAGGCCGGCGAAAUGUUCAUCCACCGCAACAUCGCCAACCUCGUCUGCUCCACCGACCUCAACGUCAUGUCCGUCAUCAACUACGCCGUGCGCCACCUCCACGUCAAGCACAUCGUCGUCUGCGGACACUACGGCUGCGGUGGCGUCAAAGCCGCCAUGACGCCCAAGGACCUCGGCCUCCUCAACCCCUGGCUCCGCAACAUCCGCGACGUGUACCGCCUGCACGACCAGGAGCUGAGCGCCAUCAAAGACGAGAACGCGCGGUACGAUAGACUGGUGGAGCUGAACGUUGUGGAGCAGGCAAGGAACAUUAUCAAGACGGCGGCGGUCCAGCAGCUAUACAAGGAGAAGGGCUAUCCGAUUGUGCAUGGGUGGGUGUUUGGGUUUAAUGAUGGGAGACUGAAGGAUUUGGAGAUUGAUUUCGAGGGGCAGCUGAAGGAUAUUCAGAAGAUUUACAACCUGACUGGGGACGCUUUCGAGGAGUCGUAG